GAACAACUAGUGUUUUACUGACUUUGAAGCUAUGCUGAUUUACACCAAGGACACACUGCACAGUACUGGUCACAUGGAAGAGCUGAUGGGAGGAGAAAGGAAGGAAAACAAAUUAUUUUUAUUUGUAUUUAAUAAAAUUUGGCCUACAGGCUUUAUGUGACUCAGUACUGAACAUCUGGGAUUGAUCAUAGGAUCACAAACUGGAAAGCGGUCAUCUGGCUUCUCGAAAUACACACUUUCAGUUCCUGUUCCAUAGCUUCAUUUUUUUAAAUGAUAAACAGCAACAGCCAUUUUAAGUCUUCUUAAUACUUUCAGCCACAGUAAUUUUAGCUAUUUUUUCACAUCAUGUUAUCGGACACUUUUUUAACUCUGGAGUGGCAGUAGUUUUGGGGAUUGCCUUCUGUACAUACACACUAUUAGUUCAUCAUUUUUUACUUUCAAAAUUUUAUGACACAAUGAUAGUCUUGCAACUCCAAUUUUUAUUAGUUCUAUUCCUCACAAGCAUCUUGGGAGAGGCCCAACAUGUAAUGCAAGAUGCAGCACUGAUGAACUACAUCGACCGGCGUAUCCUAUCUUUGGAGAACCGACUGGAAAAAUGUAACCAAGACAUACUGGAUUAUGUCGAAGAAUUCCGAGACUUUUCACAGAUGGUACUCUCACGCCUGGCAGCACUGAACAAAUACGAGACUGAAGUUAAAAGUGAAGUAGAGAAUUUGCUGACAAGAGUUGAACGAGCACAAAGGGACAUUGACUAUUUUGGAUCUGUCACAGACUCUAAUACAUGUAUAGAAGUAGGUGAAGACCUGGUGAAACAGCAGCUAUUAGAAGCAGAAGAAGAAAAAAGGAAACUUAAACUCGUGCUUAAUGCAAGUUGCGACCACAUGCUUGCAGGUGUAAAGUCCCUAAAGAUAGUUAAGAAGACGGGAGAUAAGCAUGGCUCUUGGAUGAAAGAUCCUGGCAAAAAGCAUACAAAGAUUUAUUUAUUGAAUAGUUCAGUGAAUAAUGUUAUUUUUGAAUUCACAAAUAUCAUGACAUUCAUGGAAAGCAAUCAUACACUAAAAGCUCGCAGAAUCACCCUGCCAUUUCCCUGGGAAGGAACUGGCCAUGUCAUAUAUCAGGGUUUCCUGUUCUACCACAGACAUGGCUCCUUAAACGAGAUAAUUAAAUUCAACAUCCAGAAAAGAAAUAUAGCUGAUCAAAUGGUCCUGCCAGGGGCUGGAAGGAUUCCUGCCUAUCAGCUUUCUCCAUCUACAAAAAUAGAUCUUGCCAUUGAUGAGCAAGGGCUCUGGGCAAUCCACUCAGAACCAGACACUGGAGGCAACAUUGUCAUUACUAAAAUCAACCACAUAACCAUGUCAGUGGAACACACUUGGGACACAUCAUGCAACAGCAAGGAUGCUGAAGCAGCUUUCAUAGCAUGCAACACACUCUAUGUUGUGUACAACUUCCCUAGUGGAGGCACCUCACGCAUACAAUGUGUUUAUGACGUUUUGGAUGCUAUAAAUACGUACGAAAUACCAGCACUGCAUUUUCCAAAACGUCAAGGUAGCCAUUCCACUGUACAUUAUGAUCCUAAAGAAAAGCAGCUCCUUGCCUGGGGUGAUGGAUCCCAGAUCAUUUACAAGCUUCACACCACACAAAAAGUUUAAAACCUUUAGCUGCCUCUGGAAUGCAUUUGACAGCUAGUAGUCCCAUGCCAACAUGGUCUUCACUAUGCAUUAAAAACACAUUACUUCCAUCUGCUACAACUUUCAUCUAUUCACGUAAAUUAAGGCUAAUAUAUGAUCUUAAACUAAUGUCCAUUUAAGAAUUUGUAAGGACCCUAUUAGGAAUUUUAGGUGUAUACAUCCACACAAAUUACUCUUAAAGACUAAGGUUCAAAACAAAACAAAACCAACCAACCAACCAAAAAAACGUGUUCUCUCCCAGUCAGAACUAUACUUUCUGCUUCAGUGGCAUGGAAUUCAAAUGAGAAGUCCUUCCCAUCCAAAACACAUUAUUUGACAACCUUCAAUACCCUAGCUCACUGCAGCCUUGUUGUAAGCCCUGUAAAAGUCACAUGCUUCCAGAGAAGCAAUCUACAGAUUUAACAGCAGAAGUUUAUUAUAUCACAAAGCAAAGGAACAUACAUCCUCACCAACAUUUGGUUUAUAUUAAACAUAUAUUUCUUGCCCUAUACAUCAAGGCCUAAUCACUGACCUUCUAGCCUAUUUCCACCAAAAUUCCAUGUUUUGGUUAUCUGUAUAGCUGCACAGUCCAUUUUUGUUCUUGAAAACACAUUAGUUGCAGCUAGAUAUUGCUUUUUAUCAGCUUCAAUUUGCCACCUUUAUUUUUUUUUCUCCAGAAUAUCACCGCUUGUAAGAGUGAAUGUUCCUAAAUGAUGUAUUCUAUGCCAUACAAGGUUUAACUGUUUUUACGUAGGACUCCAAUAGUUUCCUCUCUUAUUAAUCCAGUUUCAGCAUCUAGUUGUGAGACAUUUUCUCAGUACUUCCAAUCACUUCUAUUGCUCAUAGCUAAAUAUUUUGUAACCAAUUUGACUCCAGCCAAUACCUGUACAGAAAACACAUCCCAGAUGAGCACAGUAGCACAAGUGAGGGCAUACCACCACUCAGUCCUAGUUUUGCAAAUAAGAGAUAAACUCCAGGGAAAUGCAACUUCAUUUGUUUCAAAAGUAUUAAAAGAAAAAAAAAAAUAGUCACACACUAAACACUUAUGAAAUACAGGUUUUGGCUUUGUUUCUUUGGUGUUUGAAUUUUAAUGAUGGUAGUAUUUCUGUUUACUUACGAAAAAGAGCGGUGCUUGAAAAGCAAUCCUCAGCUGUUUCUACAGAAAAAUCCAUUUUGCUCUUUUCACCAAAAAGAGCUGUUGUUCUGUUUAAAAAUAGCUUCCACAGAACAACAAACAUCAGGGAAUUAUUUUGUAAAGGAGUUCCAGAACACAACUAAAAGCAUAUGGACUGAUGAGUUGCAACAAUGCUGGUCUGAUUUUUGCAGAAGUAAUUAUAUCAUUCUAAACAGCCUUAAUAACUACAGCAUUACUUCCAUGUCACGGAGGCCACAAGAAGCACAGUUAAAGACAUCUGUGGGCUGAGAGUAAGGAGGACUGUCACUUACUUGCUGCAUGACCAUGGGUGAAAGGCAGAUGAGACAAUUUGGCCUUUUCCUCAUCUGUAAAAUUACACAGACAGAAAUUCAGGAUUAAGCACCUCUGCACUGCUCUGAGAUCCUUACUGCAAAAGGACAUGUAAUCUUCUUUACUUAAGAAAUAAAGGCUUUUUGACAUAAA